CUGCAGCACGACUGCAGCACAACUGCAGCACCACUGCAGCCCGUCUGCAGCACGUCCGCCUGCUGGAUGGUGGGAUGCAAGCCGCUCACCUUUGACCAUCAGGGGUUUUGGAGAGAAUAUCAGAUUUUUCUGUGGAGGAAGCAGAGAAAUGUGAAAGUGAAAGCAGGUGAAACCAGAAACCCGACUCUGCUUCCAUUUAUUCAUUUGGACCGGCCGUCCUCCAUCAGGUCCUCGGCCCCUCCCCUCGGUGGCAGUGGACACUCCCCUCUUCAUCAGGAGGAGAGGAAGAGGAGGGCAGACCACACCCAGAGUCCCAGCAGCUCCGUCCUGCUCUUUCUGGCUGCAGAAGGUUCGGACGUGUCGGCGCUGGCGGCUGCGUGUGUUUGGUGCCUGAACGGAUCCGGGAUGCUGCUGCUGCUGCCUCUGACCCUGCUGGCUCUUCAAGCCGGCCUGAGCCGCGGCGCCUGCGUGGAGGUGGACUCGGACACGGAGGCCGUGGCCAACAAUGGCUUCAAACUGGGCUGCAUCUCCUGCAAGAUGAGAGCCGAGGUUCGGGCCAAAGCCGUCGUCACCUGGUACUUCAAGGGCUCCGACGACGACAGCUUCUCUCUGCUGUAUGAGUAUGAAGACAAGAGGGGAGAGAUUUUGGACCCGCGUUUCGAGGAGCGUCUGGACUGGAACGGCAGCAAAAGCACAGAGGACCUGCAGGACGGCUCCAUCUACAUCCUGAACGUGACUUUCAACGACACGGGAACCUACAACUGCACCUUCAGGAGAACCCUGAUGUACACCAACUAUCAGCACGAGAACAGCACCACCAAGAUGAUCCACCUGCACGUGGUUCCAAACCUGACCAGAGGCCUGGCGUCCAUCUUGUCCGAGGUCAUGAUGUACGUCUCCAUCGUCGGGCUGCAGCUGUGGCUGCUGGUGGAGAUGAUCUACUGCUACAGGAAGAUCUCAGCGGCCGGAGAGGAGGCGCUGAGGGAGACCGAGGCCGAGUAUUUAGCCGUGGCUUCAGAGAGUAAAGAAAACUGCGGCGCCGUCCAGGAGGCAGAGUGACGCGGUUGAUGGAGAGAACAAGGCGACGUCCCUGAGGAACUCCGCCUCCCUCUCGUCUCUCUGGUGAUGGGAUGAUGGAAGCGGCGUCUGUAAAUACGCUUCACCUCCAGACCGCCUCCCUCUGCAUGCAGACCGACAGCCAGUCCCUCCUCCUCAGGUCUCACUGUUUGCUUUUAAAGGUGACAUUUUAAAAACGGAAUCAAAUUAGUUUUUUAAAAGUCCUUUACGAACCGCAGCUGCUCACUGCCAACUGUUAAAGCAGCUGAAGUUUUUCCCCGUUUGGAUUUUUUCUUCCAAAACCUGCAGAGAAAGAAAACAAAAUAUUCAUCAGUUAUGUAUCAAAACAAAACUGGAGUCGUGUUUCACCCUCUGCAUGUUGUUUAAUCGGACUGCAGCGCCACCCAGUGGACCCAAAGAGAAACGACGCGUUCAGAUGGUUUAUUUAUCCCAUAUAUCAAUGAAUGAAGAUCUAGAGCAGGGAGACAACAUCCAGUCCUGCAACCUUUAGAUGAGUCUCUGCUGCACCUGAAUAGAAUAAUGAGGUCAUUAAGGCUCUGGAGAACCAGGAGGAGGGAAUGAAGCCGUUUCAUUCCUGUUUGGAUCUGUGGCUCAUCUAAAAGCUGCAGGACAGCUGGAGGACUGGAGUUUGACAUCCUGGUCUGAAUAUUCUGGAGUACCAAACUCUGGACAGUCUGCCAGUGACCUGCAUCAUUACAGCUGAAACAUUUUAACUAUGCAUGUUUCCUAACCUGGAGGAAAACGGGCCGAUGUGGGAUCUGCUGCUCCGGCACCGAGGAGAAGAAGCCAGGAAGAGUUUAACGGCCAGCAGAAUCAGGUCUUCCUUCAAAUUAGGCUUAAAAUGGUCUCUUUAAAAGGUGCUUUGCCCAGUAAAAAGUCGACAUAUUUGGACAGUUUUUAGUCCUUUUUCGGUUGCAUGACUCCAGAAGUGCUUUAAGAAGUGAACCGAUUUCUGCCUUCCAGCGAUUAUAAUCCGUUCCAGUAAAAUAACUCAAAGCUCCAGCUGAAGCCUCGCACUGUCUGAAAGAACCAAAACCCUGCAGAUCUUUUGCAGAGCGACAAUCGGACCCAGAAACGCAGAAAGCAGGAAGUUUCGGCGCUGAGCCGAGAAGGAAGCUGCAGCUCAAAGCGAGACAGAACCUGCAGGCUCUCUGAGCUCCAGUGAACAGAACCGGGCUGGACAGAACCGGUUCCGCUUCCGGUUCUGGAAACAAGAAAACCGCAGACUGGCUGCAUGUGUUGCCCUGGAAACGUCAGUCCCAACAAUAAAAACGUAAAUAAAAGUUUC